CCCACGUCUCCCUCCACAACCAGCUAGUUAGCUUUUUAGCUAAAGGAUACGGAACCCGAAAACCAAGGCGAACAACGCAUUUUCUUUCAUUUGUUAACGUUUACUGAUACAACAAACGCGAUCAAUAAUCAGCGUUUGUUUACGGUUUGUAACGCGCGUGAAAACGUACCUCUAUAUCGAGGGUAGCGUCGCAUUACCUUGUAUUUUUCACUGCGCCGGUUUUAUGUGAGCACAAAGGCCCACACAAGCCCGCUGUUUCCAAGCAUGUAUCCUUGGGGUACUAACUACGGCGGUGGCCAUCAACAACCACCUCCGCAGCAGAACUUCGGCGCGCCGUCUCCUCAAGGCGAAGGCUUCGCAGGUGGAUUCGGGAGUUAUGGAGCCGCGACGCCCGCAGCGGCACCCGGUUCCACGUUCAACAGCCUGCGGGAGCAGCAUCUCCAGCAGAUGCAGCAGCUGCAACAGCUCCACCAAAAACAGCUCCAAUCCGUGCUGCACCACGACAGGAACGUAGAUGCAAACCCCUAUGGCGGCGGUGGUACUGCGGCCGAAUCGUGGCAAGGCAGUUCGGGAUAUGGGUAUGGUUCAACGGGGGCCGCUGCCCCUUAUCAAGAUGACCAUCAGACCAUGCAAGCCGGUCCGCCCGGACCACAGCAGCCGCCGCUACCGCCACAGUCCCCGCAGUCCAAGGAGGCCCAGCCUCCCCCACCAGAUUCGACCCUUCCGGUGCCCACUCAGAACAAUGGUACUCCAGCGACUAAAGAGGUAAACAAGAAAGAAUCUUUGGCCUCGAAAGACCAGGCACAUUCCUCAGGGUCGGAGGAGGAAAAGCCCGAUUUUACGUCAAUGUCGCUGCAGGAGCAGCAGCAGUAUUGGUACAAGCAGCAUCUCCAGAAUCUGCAGAGGCUGAAAGCCGAGAAGGCCAAACAGGGUCAGGGUGAUGGUCCAACGCCCCGGCCCCACUCGGCAGCCGCGCCUCCCCCUCCAUCGGAACCCCUUAAGAGCGCCCCUCCACCACCCCCACCCAAAGAGGAGCCCCCGCCACCACCUCCACCUGAGGACAAAACGCCUGCACACCCAGCCCAGGACCCAGCCGAGGCGGCCCGGCUGAAGCAGCUCCAGAGUGCAGCGGCCCAGUGGCAGCAGGCCCAGCAGCAGAGAGCGGGCUACCAGUACCAAGCCCUGAUGCGGCACCAUGCUCAGCUACAGGUCAUCCUCAACCAGUACCAGCAGUGUAUCCAACAACCUGCACAGCUAGAGACGAUGUCUACGGCCAUGCAGCUGAGUCACUAUGAGAAGCAGCAGCAGCAGUUUGGCCCGGUGUUUGGAGACUGGGGCCGCACCUUCAGCCAAUGGCAAGAGCAGUUCCAGUCCUACCCACAUAAAGACCAGCUACAGGACUACGAGUUACAGUGGAAACAGUGGCAGGAACAGAUGAACUCCACCUCAGCACACCUACAGGAGAGGGUCACCACCCUGCGAGCCACGCAGCAACCGUACGGAGGCGAUGGCGGUGGACCGUACGGAGGUAGCGGUAGCGUCGGCAGCGAUGGAGGUGGACAGUACGGCGCUGAUCAAUACGGUAGUAGUGACCGGUAUGGUACUGGAGGGUACGGAGACCAGUACAACCAAUAUGGUCAGUACACACAAUCUGGACCGGACUCGCAGAUUCAACAAGGUCACAUGGUGAGCCCGUCCGUGCCGUCCCAGCCAGGUAGCCAGCCCUCGACCACCUCUGGAUCCAUGUUGCAGGGCCCUCGACCAGGGCAGCAAGGCCCCUCAAACGCCCAACGCAUGGGAACCCCCACAGGAGAACCACACCAAGGGCCUCAGGCAGAGCAGUACAACCUGUCUGGACCUCCAGGGAGAGGGGCGGGCCCAGGAGGGAGAGGGGCGGGCCCAGGAGGGAGAGGGGCGGGCCCAGGAGGGAGAGGGGCGGGCCCAGGAGGGAGAGGUGUGGCCAGAUCACCAGUUCCACCACCAGGACAGCCUCCACACUACCAAAGCCCCAGAGGACCAAGGUUUGAUGGUCCGAGAGGGAACGGCCCGCUGUUUGACCAGCAGCAGAGGUUUAAUGCUCCACCAGGCCCCAGGUUCAACGAGCAGCGCCAGAGGUUUGAGCAGCCUGGCCCCAGAGGACCAGGGCCUCGCUUUGGGCAGCAGGGGUCCCGGUUCGACCAGCCCCCCCCGAGACAAAACCCCCCUGGCUGCUUUGAAAGACCACCUGGUCCCCCAGUUCCCCAUAUAGGCCCACAGCCUAAACCAGACACUAGUAAAGACACACAACCACCACAGGGUAAGACUGAGACGCCAGCGGUCUCCAAGCCUCCUGGUAAUAAACUUACCGGGCCAGCGAAACCAGGAGCAGAACCGGAGGAUAUGUCAGAGGACAUGGUGGACUCACUGGAUGGCUUCUUCGUCCAAAAUGACCCCAUCCCUCAGACAAAGGCAGAAGCUGACGCUGCUGCUGCUGCUGCUAGUAAGGGAUCCACCGUAAACAUGGAGAAGGUGAGCCCUACUGGUCCUGCCGGUACCAAGCCCCAAGUGUCCACCGACGCCUCUGUGUCCCCGAAAACCGCUUCCCCCGCUAAGACCGCUUUCAAACCAGGUGGACCGGAUGGGCCAUUAAAGAAUAAUGUCAAUAACAACAACAGGUCUCAGGGACCACCGGGGUCGAAGCCUCACGGACCGGAGCCUUCGAAGACAGCCUCAAUGACCAACCAACCUCCUGGUCCUCCGGGGCCCGUGGGACGUGGCCAGCCGCUAGGGCCUGUCCGAGGAAGAGGGGAGGCGGAUGGAGGGAUGAGGGGAGGUAGAGGACGAGGGGAGGCGGAGUUUGAUGGAGGGAUGAGGGGAGGUAGAGGACGAGGGGAGUUGGAUGGAGGAAUGAGGGGGCGAGGAGGAAGGGGUGGUCUGAGGGGACGUGGAGGACAACAGCCCGGUAUCCCAGACUUCAGUCCCAACACUGUCCCCCUGGGAGGUGGGAGGACGGAGGACGACAUGGAGGGGGUUCCUUACGACUACAGACCUACACAUGAAGAGAUGAGAUCACAACAUGGAGGACCAGAGGAGGACUGGCAGCAGGACCCUUCACUGGAGAAACCUGGAGGUCCUCCUCUGCCUGAAGAGGAGAUGUGGGUCCCUGAAGAGCACUACUACUCUCCAGAGGACUACUACGAAGACCCAGGGAGAGGAGGUCCCCCUAUGGGGAGAGGAGAGCCUCUAGACGGGCACCACUGGGAGGAAGCAGACCCCCCACCUCCAGAGUACUGGGGAGAGGAAGGAGAUCCCUACUGGAUGGACCGGAGGCCCCCUCCUCAUGGCAUGAGAGGAGGCCCCCGAGCCCCCUUCCAUCCUGGGCGUAGUCGCCCUCCACGCGGCCGACCCGGCUUCAUGCACCAGGGGGGUCCCAGACGCCCCCUUCCUCCUCCUCGCGGAGCCAUGGACACCCAUGACCCUCUAGGAUCCCCCAUGGGGCCUCACGACGACAUGGACCCUCUGGGACCCCCGCUGCAUCGAGAGUACAACCCCAGAGGGCCGCCCAUGCACCACGAUAUGAUGGAGCGAGACAUGAGGGGGCGACCUCCUCCACCUAGAGAGAUGAUGGACAGAGAUCUGAUGGGGCCUGGUGAUCAUCCUCCAUAUCACGACACGGAUAGGGACCUUGGCUGGCCCCCGGGCCCAGGACGACCCCCCAACCACGGUAGAGUCGGGCCAAGAGGUCCGCCUCCCCUUGAGAUGAUGAUGGAGCGAGGGGGGAUGAGGAGGCGUCCGAUGGGCCCUCGGGGAGCCCCGAUGGGCAGGGCCCGGGGCAUGAUGCAGCAGCCACACGAGGAGAUGGAGGGGUACCCCCACGACGGGUACGGGGAGGAGUUUGGUGGUCCUGAUGAUGACAGGUAUGGAAGACCGCUGCCACCGCGUGACUGGCCGAAGCGCCCGCCACAUGAUUACGACCGCGAGGAGGAGUAUUAUCCCCAUGAGCCUCCUCGUGGUGGGGAAUGGGACAGGGAGAGAGGAGGACCACUACCAGAGAGAGACUAUCCACCCUACCCUCCCCCAGACCGCUUCAGAGAGGACGAGUGGACUGAUGAGAGGGACCAAGACCGUCCUCCAUAUGCCUACGAGGGAGACAGAGACCGUCCUCCAUACGCCUACGAGGGAGAAGAGCACGGAAGAGGAGGCAAGCUACAAAGUCGCGACUACCCGGACGACCCUCCUUAUAGGCACAAUGAACCCCCCUACUUGCCACCUCCAGAGUGGGAGAGAUCAAGACCGCCCCUUCUGGAGAGAAACUACCCCUCAGAUUUUGAGGAGCAUAGGCCCCACUACGACGGACGAGCCGAGCCACCUAGAUCCGAUCUAGGUAUCCCUCCACCCACCCCUUCCCAGGCCCUUGCUCCUCCCACUACUGGACCAGACAGUUCUCAGGAACCAGCCUCACAGGGAACUGGACCGGGCAUACUGGCUCUGUCACAACGACAACAUGAGAUCAUCCUGAAAGCUGCCCAUGAGCUGAAGCUUAUCAGGUCUGUUUCUCUGGUACUGAACAGAGAAAUGCAGGAGAAUUUCACCGAGGGAGAGGCCCAUUCCAUCACGUCUGACCCGAAGACGGAGCUCCCUGCUGGGCUACUGGGGCUGGAGAUCCCCCCUGAGGUCCGGAGUGCCCUGCAGGCGACCAAUCUCAUUUCUAACUCAACUGCUGCAAAAACAGUGACGUGGGGAGACACUCAAGAUACUGGGUACAUGUCCUCCGUACCUCCAGUCCCCAACGCACCAGUCAUCCCGAAGACUGUCGACUAUGGACAUGGACAUGACCUGGGUGCUGCCACGGUGGAGCGGAUCUCUUACGGUGAGAGGAUUGUGUUGAGGCCUGAUCCCUUACCCGACAGGGAGAGGAGCUAUGAAAAAGAACUACUGGGCCCCCUGAGAGACCCCUACCACAGAGACCUGUACUACGACAGACGACCGGUGAGCCCCUACAUGGAGCGCAGGGAGUACAGCAGGGAGAGGGAGAUGUACAGAGAAAAGGCUCCCAUGGACUUUGAAAGAGAACGAUACGAGAGGGAGCGCUAUCCGCCUCGAGAUGACAGCAAACACUCCAUGGAUGUUGAUGACAGACAACCCCCAGGCCAUCCUCGCCCCGGUCCCCCACCUCCUCGCCUGGGCUACAGGGACAGAGACAUGAGGGAGAGGGAGGGCAGCCGGACCAGUAGAGACAGAGAGGAUACUUAUGGAAGACCUGGGGGUUAUGACAGACCUCCGUUCGAGCGCGGGCCUGAACGUGGGCCUGAGCGCUACGACCAUGGUGCCUCUACAUAUGGUGAACGGAGGAGUUACCCAGAGGAGAGAGGAGCAGGAGGCCCCACGUCGUCCCACCCUCCUCCCCCCCCACCGACUGCUCCUCCUUCCAGGAUGGAGAAGAAACCGGAGACCAAGAACGUGGAGGAUCUUCUCAAACUGCCAGGCCGAGACACUCGUCCAGAAAGGAUCGUCAUCAUAAUGAGAGGCCUACCAGGAAGUGGAAAAAGCCAUGUGGCCAAGCUGAUACGGGACAAGGAGGUGGAGUGUGGAGGGGCUCCACCCAGAGUGCUGGGGUUAGACGACUACUUCAUGACGGAGGUGGAGAAGGUGGAGAAGGACCCAGAAACAGGGAAACGAGUCAAACUCAAGUGUCUGGAAUACGAGUACGAAGCGGAGAUGGAAGACACGUACAGGAACAGCAUGCUAAAAACAUUCAGGAAGACACUAGACGACGGCUUCUUCCCCUUCAUCAUCAUCGACGCUAUCAAUGACAGGGUUAAAUACUUUGAUCAGUUCUGGAGUGCUGCCAAGACUAAAGGCUUCGAGGUAUACUUGGCUGAAAUCACUGCAGACAAUCAGACUUGUGCUAAAAGAAAUGCCCACGGACGGAAGAUGAAAGAUAUUCAAAAGAUGUCCAGUAACUGGGAGUCGUCUCCACGUCACAUGGUGCGGCUGGAUGUCCGUUCCCUGCUUCAGGACGCUGCUAUUGAGGAGGUUGAGAUGGAAGACUUAAAUCCUGAUGACGAGCCGCUGAAGGAGCCCAAGAAGGAGGAGGAGGAGGAAGAUAUUAAGGGUUACAUUCCACAAAGCAAAUGGGAGAUGGACACUUCUGAUGCCAAACUCGACAAGCUGGACGGCUUGGUGAUGGGGGGGAAGAGGAAGAGGGAGGGAGACGACGUGGCAGGCAUGGAUGACUUUCUUCAGCUGCCAGACGACUACGCCACGCGCCACUCUGAACCCGGCAAGAAGAGGGUUCGCUGGGCUGACCUCGAAGAGCAGAAGGACGCAGAGCGCAAGCGUGAUAUCGGCUUCGUGGUGGGUCAAACAGACUGGGAGAAAAUCACCGACCAGAGCGGACAGAUAGCUCAGAGAGCUCUCAACCGCACUAAGUAUUUCUAAAAACAGAAGAUCACUGCCCUAACCCCCUGCUUCCUGGUUUAUAGGUCUGCAGACUGUGAAUAUGCUUAACCCGUUUCUCGAAAAACAAAGUCAUGAAGACUACACAUUCUACCUGUUGACUUUUAGGAGAUCCAUAGUUGUUUAUUCCAUUAUUAGAAUACAGAAAAGAUUUAUCUUGCGUUUAAAAAAAAAAAAAAACUUUAAAAAAUUAUAAUAAUUCUUGAUCUUCAAUUUGAGUAUUUUUUGUUUAGUUGUUUUUCCCUUCCUCUUUUCGAUGGUAAAAUUAUUGCACCAGUUUAUCUUGAGCUUUCGCUUCUCAUUUUAUACUGUAAUGUCUUCCUGUAUGUUAGCACUGUUGCUUAUUUUAUUAAAUAAACUGAGGAAACAAUAAAAGUUUCACACACACAAAACAAC